AUGGAUACCAGUAAGAAGGAACAGGACGACGACGCCAGCAUGAAAGAUGUUGGCGGUGACAUACUCGUGGGUUCCAUCGACUUCGCCCACCGGGCACACGAUGAGGCUAUGGACCUUCCUACCGCUACUUCUAGCAACAACGAUCUCGAGGACAACGGACGUGACGCAAGGAGUGGUCCUGCCAACGAGCUCACCAUUGGCGAACAGAGCAACGCUACCCACAAAUCUAUCAACCCUGUUACUGAAGUCGAGAACAUCGACAUGGACAUCUGGGACGGCACAGUUGGCGAAGACCAAGAGCAACCGACCCCUGAAGAUCUCAUCACCCGACUCCAAGAUGAGAACCUUGCUCUCAAGCACCAAAUCGCCAUUCUCAAAAGCCAUGUCGAAAUUCUCAAAGGCGAGAAAACAGCAACAGCUCGCGAACUCAGAACCAUCAUCACCAACCAACACGGCGCUCUGGACAACGCGAACAACAGAAUCACCGCCGCCCACAACAGAAACCUCGGCAAGCAACACCAACUGGACUCUCUGUACGCCACUCUCACUCGCCAGGAACGUCAAUUGAACCCUCUGUACGCCCAACUCGCACAGCAGGAGCAGCAUAUCAUCGCUCAAGCCGCUCACAUCAACACUAUCAACGAUCUCCACGACAAGCAGCUCCGUCGUAUCAGAUUGGAGGUCAGCAAGAUGGUUAGGUCAACUGAGCAGAGGCUGGAGAGACACGCGUCGUCAGCCAGACGCUUUGGGGGUGAGAUGGAUCGAUUGAUCAUCAAUGUUGAGGACCCUGAGGUUACUGAGAGUGAGGAUGAGGCAGCGGCAGAUGAAGGCGGAGAGCGGCAGGAGGUGGAGGUUAUCGACCUGAUUGACGAGGAUGAUGAUGACGAAGCUCAGCUCGCUGACGGUGUUCAGUCUACUGCCAUUGAGCAACCUGUUGAGGUUCAGCAGCUCGACUAUGAGGAAUAG